AUGGCGUCCCUUACGGCGCCACCCGAGGUCGUGGACCUGGAAAACGCGGAUUUCACCAAAACGCGGGACCCAGAAACACCAUCCAACUUACAAAAUCGCUCUAAAAGAAGGCAGCGUACCUUUACAAACGAGGUACCACCAGUCCUUCAACUGGGAAGCAAAGCGAACACCAACAAUACCAGCCCAGCGAUGAUUCAGCGAAAGGUCAUGACUGGCCUGGUUGAAGCAAUUGACAGAUACGUCAACUUCUUCGCCGCGGGGGACGAAAGAACGGCUGCCAGGAAACUGAGCACUAGAGUCGUUGAGAUCCUCACACUCUCUAUCAACGAUGGGUCUGACCGAGCGUCGACCGCAUCGUAUACACCACCGGCGACGAGAAGCUCAGCUUCUCUGAAAACACAAACCACCACCAAAACUUACGCGGGGAUCCUCAAGACCCCCAAAACAAGUCAGAACGGGGCGGGCCGAGAGGACCCACUCACACACCAAGAGGCCCCACCAAAGGCCCCACACGACAGCGCGCGCGCCAAACAACGGGCGACACGAACCGCCCGAAGCACGGACCACAGGCUACUAAUAGCCAUCAGCCCUGCAGCUCGGAUCAGCAGGCCAGCUCCGUAUGCGCUAAGAAGCGCUCUGGUCGGGGCAAUCUCAGGUCUAACAUUGGCAGAUGUACCCACUAUAUCCGCAACCAAGACAGGGUGGGCAAUAACACCAAAAAACCCAGCUACCCAAGAACUACUCCUCACACAGGAGAACAAGGAGAUCAUCCUACGAAUUAGCCGAGGCACGCAAGUGCACCAAUCGGUCACAUGGUACAAUUACGCAGUACCAGGAGUCCCAGCGUCAAUACGCACACUGGAUGGACUCCCAGCCGAUACGGCUAGUCACGUGGAAGCGGAAGUCCAGGCGCAGACGGGGCAAACCCCUGUCAGCUGUAGACCCUCCCGCCACGGAGCCAACCCCCACAACGGCACAAUCACGUGGGUGGUGUCCUUCCUUGAACCAGUCCGUGGUUUCAGGCUCUUCAACGCCAGCGAACUGGCAAGAGAGAUCAAGGCAAAACCCACCAUCACUCGACACGACACCGGUUGCCAGGGCUGGUGCAACCCAACAAGAUGCACCAGGCUCACCCGCUGUGCAAAUUGCGGAGCCCGGAAAGAUACGCAUGAAGGCCCACAAGGCCCUAACUGCACAGCAAAAGCGCGAUGCGCUAACUGCUUCGGACCAUUCGCAGCAGGACACCCGAACUGCCCGGCGGCACCAAAAGUAGUGGAUGGCAAGGUCACGGCACCCACCAAACCACAACUUAAAGCAAUACGAAAACCGGCACUGGCAAUGGAAGCAGCAAUGCUCGCCAGCCAAAAGGACAAGGAUAAGGAGAGCCCAAUACAAGGCCCGACCCUAGCCACAGUCACACCCGAACUCACAACUACCCCAACGCUUAGAAAGCGCCCGGGAGCACAAAUCACUGCCUAUGAAACAAGCAGAGAGGGCCCAACGGCAGCACAGCUCAAAAGAGACUCGGCAGUAGCCACAACAGCUCAAACGGAACCGGACCGAGUGGCAGGACUACUCAAGAGAAGCACGGCGGCAUCAAGCCGGUCAAGACGAAGACCCUCGCUGAAAACAAGGCUCAACGAGGAGGCUCUCGCUAGCACACAGCAAGACAUAGAAAUGGGGGAGGACCCCCAACCCAGCGCACAUGAGAUACGGGACUUAACGGUCUGCUGGGCGAACGUGGGCAGAAUACCAGAGGCCCACGACACCAUAUUACAAAUGGCAUUUGAAGACAAAACAGAUGUCUUGUGCGUACAGGAACCAUCCACGUUCCCACUCACAAAAACCAAAACACACCCCGGAUGGACCUUAUACGCGCCAGUAGACUCAUGGACAGGAACAUCCCCCGAACAAAGAGAGGCAGAAAGACCCCGAGUACUGACACAACCACGAACAGAACAGGUGCUAACAUACGUCAUUGAACUACAACCACCCCCAGGAUGCCUCAUUGGAGGCGACUUCAACGCUAUACAUGAAACAUGGCAGCCUGGAACGGAAAACCAACGCGGAGGAAACGAACUAGCAGCAUGGGCAGACCUGGCUGAACUAGAAUUCAUUGGAGAAAGAGGAGCACCUACCCACACAGGAGGAAACGUGCUUGACCUCACAUUCUCCAACAUCCCCUUUACAGAAACCAGGGUCCGGCACGACCUACAUAACGAAUCGGACCAUCACACCCUGAUAACAACAAUACCUGGCAGAGGAAUCAAGCCUCUAAACCAACACAACAUCUGCGUCCCGGAAACGGAACUACCACGACUAGCAGGACUGGUAGCGAACGGAGUGGCAUACCUGCCCACAAACGACACCCUGGACACACCAGGAAAAAUAGAUGACUUUGCAGACCAAAUCACACAAGUCAUCAAGCAAGCAAUAACUGCAGUAAGAACUACGGACAAAGGAAAAGGCAAGGCAGCACCCUGGUGGACAACGGAAUGCAAAAGGACCUAUACCAAACACCUGAGCAGACAAGCUAUACCAGGGAACCCCCCUACCACAACAACGAAGGAUUUUAAAACAACGGUCAGAGCAGCCAAACGCAACUACUGGAGGCAUGUCAUAGACGACAUCUCCAGUGACAAAGACCUAUACAAGAUAUGGGAAGGAAACGGGCACUUACCCUGGAACUCCCGGCUUACACUGGAAGAAGUCGAAGCAAGCGUCAUUGGAGUAUCCAGCACAUCCCCAGGAACUGACCAAGUCACGAAAUGCCUCAAACACAGCCAUUUCCCGAAAACCUGGAAGCUAGCUGAAGUGGCCAUGCUACCCAAAAUCGGGAAAAAGGACAUGACAUCCGCAAGGUCAUGGAGACCCAUUGCUCUACUCUCCUGCAUAGGCAAGGGACUGGAAAGAAUAGUAACCAAACAACUAGGCUGGACAGCCCUAAGGCAUGGCAUCAUCAACCCUCAACAUAGCAAAGCCUUACCUAAGCGGUCCGCGAUGGACCUGGUAGCAUCUUUCACACACGAUGUGGAGACGGCACUGGGGGCCGGCAAGAAAGUAACCAUGGUCACCAUGGACGUGCAAGGCGCCUUCGACACCCUGCUCAAAAGACGGCUUCUCACUAAGAUAACAAAACAAGGCUGGCCCAAGGACCUUCUCCUACUAAUUGACUCCUUCCUGACGGAAAGGAAAAACCCCCCAGGGCUCCCCCUUAUCACCAGUCCUGUACAUGCUGUACCUGGCGGAGCUACUCUCACAAGACACCUCCCUCAGGUUCGGAAACUGGAAAUGAUCCACAUCUCCAUGGACAAUGGCAACGCAGCACCUGCUAUCAGGGUCAAUGAAGAACUCACGAUCCACCCGAUAGUGGCCACAGAAACAAACACCCGUCCAGCACUAAGAUGGCUGGGAGGCAGUGACAAAGCAUAUCCGAGACCUGGCCAAAGUUAUGCAAGGCCCCCAGCACACGCCAUGCGCAAGGCAGUAACGACAUGUGUAUUACCCUCACUCCUAUACGGGACUGAGGCCUGGUACGGCGGCAGGUUCAAAGCCGCACGAAGAUUAAAAACAGGACAGACAAAGGUCAGUGCCCGCCUUGGCUGGCACGUGACACAAAUCGAAAAAGUCCUCACAGUGGCAAUACGAGGAGUUAUACCGGCCUGGAAAACCACACCGGUAACCGCCCUCUAUUGUGAAACAGGUCUCCCCUCAGCCAUGGCAGCCCUCGAGGAAGCCAAACUGAGGUUUGCCCUACGCCUUCAAAGCGUGGACGCAACCCACCCACUCACGAAAAGAAUCGAACCCCCCAUAAUCAUCAAAAGGCGAGAUACGGGCACAAGACAAAGAACGAAGACCAAAGUCCAACGACUUGGUCUCCUCGUCCCCCCGAUCCCAAAACCUACACUCAAGCCACCACGGUAUACAACCAGCUACCGAAUAGACCCAACGGAAGGGAUCGACAAGAAAACGGCCGCAAAGGCCUUCAACACCUGGCAAGAACCAGAUACUGGCGGGCUCCGGUUCCAUCAACACCCAGUCACACAUCUUCGACGCGGAAGCCAUCGAAGCAUGGAAAGGCCUGGAGCGCACCCUCAAGGACGCCAGACGUUCAACAAUUGCCACAAAACCAUGAAAGACUAUGACAUUCGCGUCAAAUGGUCACCGGGACAUGAAAGCAUUGAAGGAAAUGAGGUGGCUAACCACCUCGCUGACCUCGGCGCCAAGAAACCCAGUUGGGAUACCGGACCAGCAUCUCAACCCACCUACAGUGGGGUGAGAUCGAUUGCACGCAUCCUCAAAGAAAAGGCCCGCCAAGAAUGGUGGACAGCAUGCAAACCUGCCCUUUCACUGUGGUACAAACAAUGGGACCCGGUCUACAAGGUCAAACCACUCCCAAAGCUCCUACUCCCACGAGUAGUUCUAUACAAACUGAUAACUAUCCGAACCUCACACGGAGACUUCGGAUGGUAUCACAGGAAAUUUGGAUACACAGGAGACACAGAAUGCUCAUGUGGAAGGCCCAAAACCCCUGCUCACCUGGUGCACUGCCGGAAGGCAAGAGACACCUUUGAACAAUGGCCAAACAAGCCACCCAAAUUACCAUCAACAAAUAAGGAAGGUAUCGAAUACCUCCGACAAGUCUUAAGCAACCCUGCAGACUUUGCCAAGCUACUAAAGCUCACGAAAUUCUACGAAGAUAUAUACCCUAAGACCGACUCGCAAUGUACGAUACAAACAAAGCCCCAAACUCCCUCUGCAGAGUGUAUGCAGAGAAACAACAAUAGCAACAGCAACGGCAAGCCCACAGCAAAGGCACACCCGCCUACACCAGACAAGACAGCAGGACCACCUCAAUUGGCGGAGGAGAGAAUGUACAAAUUGGAAGGUAACACACGAUUACCGGGAAUGGCUCUUAGAACAUCUGCAUAUCCCUAG